UCUGAUGCUGUUCACACAGGUCACAUUGAGACAUUCUCUACAUCCAGAGAGCAACAGCAGGAAGAUCACAGAGCUAAUAGGUCUCACCACUGCCCACAUUGUGAGGAGAUUUUCCCAUUUCUAUCAAAACUAAAAAUACACCAAAAAAUACACACAGGAGAGAAGCCUUACUCCUGCUCUGACUGUGGGGGGAGAUUCUCUCGACGGAGCCACUUAAAAAGACACCAACAAAUACACACAGGAGAGAAGCCCUACUCUUGCUCUGACUGUGAAAAAUGCUUCACAACAUCAUCUGACCUAACAGUUCACCAGAGAAUACACACAGGAGAGAAGCCUUUUUCCUGCUCUGACUGUGGGGGGAGAUUCUCUCAACUGAGCAGUUUAAAAAAACACCAACAUAUACACACAGGAGAGAAGUCUUACUUCUGCUCUGAGUGUGGGAAGAGUUUCUCCCUAUUGGAUACCUUAAAAGCACAUGAACGUAUACAUACAGGAGAAAAGCCUUACUCCUGCUCUGACUGUGGGAAGAGGUUCUCUCAACAGAGCAACUUAAAAAAACACCAACGUUUACAUACAGGAGAAAAGCCUUAUUCCUGCUCGGACUGUGAAAAGAGUUUCUCCCAAUUGGAUAAGUUAAAUAGUCACCAGCGAAUACAUACAGGAGAGAAGCCUUAUUUCUGCUCUGACUGUGGGAAUUGUUUCACCCAAAUUGAUACGUUAAAAUGUCACCAGCGUAUACAUACAGGAGAGAAGCCUUACUCUUGCUCUGACUGUGGGGAGAGUUUCUCUCAACACAGCAGCUUAAAGAAACACAAACGUAUACACACAGGAGAGAAGCCUUACCUCUGCUCCGAAUGUGGGACGAGGUUCUCUCUACAGGACAGCUUGAAAUCACACCAACGUAUACACACAGGAGAGAAGCCUUACUUCUGCUCUGACUGUGGAAAGGAUUUCUCUCGACACAGCAGCUUAAAGAAACACCAACGUAUACACACAGGUGAGAAGCCUUACUCCUGCUUUGAAUGUGGGAAGAGUUUUACAACAUCAAGUGCUCUGACAGUUCAUCGGAGAGUGCACACAGGAGAGAAGCCUUACUCCUGCUCUGACUGUGGGGGAAGUUACUCUCGACUGGGAAACUUACAAACACACCAUCGUAUACAUACGGGAGAGAAGCCUUACUUUUGUUCUGACUGUGGUAAAUGCUUCACAACAUCAAGUGCUCUGACAGUUCAUCAGAAAACACACACAGAAGAGAAGCACACCAACGGAUUCACACAAGCCAAGACUUUUGCAGAUUAAAAUCUUAGGUUUUCGGUGGAUUGACAAUGGACCCCUGUUUUAAAGUAUCCUUUUUUGGUAACAAAAGGCGAGAAGCUUCAUCAGUUCUCUCAGACCAGCUAAGAUUGAAGUCACUACAUCACUUAAUUCUCAUAAAAGAAGUGCAACCUUCCCGCUAGCCAUGAUUGGCUGAGAUAAUGAGUGGGCUGGACAU